AUGAGUAAAAAUAAAGCCCAAUUGAACACACUCCAAUCUUCUUCCUUCCCCACCACCACACCUUAUCCUCCACCUCCUCUUUCUCUCACAGAAGCGAAAACCAGCAUAUACCCUUUCCCCAUUCCAUGGAUCCUUCUGAUUCUUCUUCUUCUACUUCUUCCUUCUGAAUUUCCCUUCUUUUUCAAACACACAUACGAAAAUCAAAACCUUCAAACACAAAUUCCACCUCCAUCCAUGGCUGUUUAUUCCUCAGCUAGACCCACUCUCUCCUUCCAUCUCUCCCAACCUUCCCUUCCAAUUCCCAGAUUCAACUUCAAACCCCCCGUCGCCGCCACCAUUCCGCCGUUGCAGAGAUUAUCUGCGGCGAGACCCAUCUCCAUUUUCACCCUCAACUCUAUCGACGUCUCUAAGGAGGACAAACCCACUUCUGAUGACCCAAAUACGCCGUCGCCGCCGCCGGUUGUGGCGGUUGAAAAGGAGGAGGAGAAGUUUGAUAAGCGACGGCUGGAGGAGAGAUUUGCAGUGUUGAAUACAGGAAUAUAUGAGUGCAGGUCAUGUGGACAUAAGUUCGAUGAGGCCGUGGGGGAUCCGACGUAUCCAAUAGCGCCGGGACUGCCGUUUGAGCAGCUGCCGGAGGACUGGCGGUGUCCGACGUGUGGGGCGGCGAAGAGCUUCUUUGAGAGUAAGAGUGUGGAGAUUGCUGGGUUUGCUCAGAAUCAGCAGUAUGGACUUGGAGGAAACACUUUGACUUCUGGGCAGAAGGCUGUGCUUAUAUAUGGAAGCUUGUUGUUCUUCUUUGCUCUAUUCCUCUCCGGCUAUUUCUUGCAAUGAUGGAUGAGAUUGGAUUGAUCAAUCAGGUAAAGAGAUAAACACAGCUUUUGGAUUGAUGGCGAACCACCAAAAAUUUUGGGGUAAAAACUUGCGAUUAUAUUGAGAGUGACCCACACUUCGAUUCUUUAUUAAAAUGACUUGUUUGUGAUGUUUAAAAUUUUCUUCAAUAAUGAUAUAUCCACUAUAACAUGAAUAUAGUAUAAAAUGCAUGAUUUGCUUUCUUGACUCA